AUGGGGCAAGCUCUUUCUGAAUCCGCUGUCGUCUCAGCCGGCAAAGCCGGCCAGAAGCCCACCACGCUGGUCGUGUUCGGUGAUUCACUAAGUGACAGUGGAGCACGUGGCUACGGUGCUGGCAAUCGUCGGUACUGGAGGUCUGGGCAGUGCCCAGCUGAGAUGCUCCAUGACCCCAUGAACAAAAUCGAGGAACGCCGCUUGGCAAGCUCUUGGAUGUAG